AAAGCCUACCAGUUCUCGGGAAGGGAAUAUUGAUAGAUUCAGUUACCAUGCAGCAAUUCAAAAUGUUGUCCAUACGACACAAAUCACUGCAACAGUUCCUGCAAAAUUAAAAAUGAAUAAUCGUAACAUAUUAAAACCUGUACAAAGUGAAGCUGGUUGUUCGAACGAUGACAUUUGUUUACAAUUUAAUAAUUCAUCAGAAAAUAAUUUAGUCGUUGAGAAAAAAGAGUUUAUUUGUGAUAUUUGUGGAAAAACGUUUAAUAAAAAACGUUUCUUAGUUAAACACCUAAAGCCUUGCAGUAAAGAAAAACCGUUCACUUGCCAAUUUUGCCAAUUCGUAUACAAAUUUAAAUGCCAUUUAAAAGUGCACAUGAGAACCCACAUAGGUGAAAAGCAUUACAGUUGCAAGUUAUGCAAAUACAAAACUGCACAAAAUAGUCAUUUAAAAAUUCAUAUGAGUACACACACCGGUAUCAAACCCUUUUCUUGUGAGUUAUGCACAUACAGAUGUGUGCAAAAUAGCUCUCUGGCGAAGCACAUGAGAACUCACGCUGGUGAAAAACGGUAUUCUUGUAGUCUAUGCGACUAUAAAUUUAUAAUUAAUAGUGAUCUAGUGAGGCACAUGAGAACUCACACUGGCGAAAAGCCGUAUACGUGUGAGGUUUGCGAGCAAAAAUUUUCACGAAAUAGUCAUUUAGUAGAUCACAUGAGAACCCACACUGGUGUUAAGCCUUUUGGCUGUGAAUUAUGCGAGUUCAAAAGUAAACAACGUAGUACAUUGGUGAUGCAUAUGAGAACUCACACUGGCGAUAAACCUUUUCCUUGUUUAUUAUGCAGUCAGAAAUAUACACGAAAAAGUUAUUUAGUGACCCACAUGAGAACGCACACUGGCGAAAAGCCAUUCUCCUGUAAGACAUGCGAGUACAAAUGUGCUCAUAAAAGUAGUCUUAGGAGUCAUAUUAUGAGAACCCACCCUGGUGAAAAGCCUUCUUCACGUUCGUGAGUCGCACGCCUCACUCCGCCACCGGGAAUGCUCAGGAGAUACACUCUGCAACAGACUCUAUGUGGUGUGCUUGUGCUGUUGUGUCUUGGAGAAUCUGUGUGCGUCACGCUCGCUUUGAGAAAGCUCGAAGUUAAUACAAAAUUUUAUAUUCAUCAACAAAAUAUAUAGUU